CUUGAAGGUCCCUCCCAACCCAAACCAGUCUGGGAUUCUAUCAUGACUUGGAUGUAGCCUGGAACUGCAGCUGAAUCCCCCAGGUGAUGGAUGCAGCUGUGUGGAUCAGGUUUUUAGGAGGUGCCAAACAAGAGCACGCUCAUCUGAGUGGUUAAAAUGAUGAGUAUGCAAUUGUUCCCUGAUGCUGGGAUGGGAAACAAACCUUUCAGCCAGCCAGGGGACUGUCCCAGCUUUGUAAUGAGGUUGCUGACUGCAGGGUGGUGGGCAUGCUCAGCUGAUGGAUGGGCAGCUGCUCUGCUGCUCAGGGUUGUCUCAGCAGUUCCCAAGGUUCAGGACUGAAGGGCUGAAACCAUUUCCUGACAGCCUGAUGCCAAGUGUGCGCCCUCUGCAGGGGAUGUUGGAGACUUUGGAGAGCAGUGGGCAGUUGUCAUUAUUAAUGAUUAUUUCUUCAUUUAAGCAGGGCCAUCCUAUAAGGUGAGACAAAUGGAGCAAGACCAGGAACAUCUGACUUUCAUUCUUAAUUCCCUCUCUGAGUCAUCAACCAAGGAUGCCAGUCUUUUGUGUGACCCUAAGCACACCAGCAGCCCUUCUGGAGGUGAAGGGGAUCCAAAGCUGCCUUAGGCAAACUUUGAUUAGAAGGGGAAGAAAUCAAGUCUUUGCUUUGGGGGUCUUAAAAUAAGAUUGGAAGGGGGGUUGCUAGGCUUUCUUGGCUUUUAUUUUUCCAGUGUGUUCAAAUCCCAGAGGCCACUGCAGCAGGAAAGAACUGCCAGCAGCUCCUCAGCGAGUCUUGCUGCCUCAGGCUGAAGAGGAUCAAAGCAGAGGGCGGGAUGUCGGAGCUGAGCGAUGAAGCCAGCGAGUCGGAGCUGCUGAGCCGCAGCCUCUCCAUGUGGCACGGGGUGGGACAGAUGAUCUGUCGGGAAGAGCUGGAUGUUCCCCUGGAUUUACACACAGCCUCCUCUGUCGGGCAGUAUGAGGUGGUGCAGGAGUGUAUCCAGCGUGGAGAUCUGGAUUUAAAUAAGAGGAAUUGUGGUGGCUGGACUCCACUGAUGUAUGCCUCCUACAUUGGCCAUGACACCAUUGUACACCUGCUGCUGGAAGCAGGAGUGAAUGUGAACAUCCCAACACCAGAGGGGCAGACACCACUCAUGCUGGCCUCCAGCUGUGGAAAUGAAAGUGUUGCUUACUUCCUUCUACAGCAAGGUGCAGAGCUGGAGAUGAAGGACAUUCAUGGCUGGACUGCUUUGUUCCACUGCACCAGUGCUGGACAUCAGCAGAUGGUCAAGUUCUUACUGGACAAUGGGGCAAAUGCCAACUGCAAGGAGCCAGUGUAUGGAUACACUCCUCUGAUGGAAGCAGCUGCUUCUGGCCAUGAGAUAAUUGUUCAGUACCUUCUCAAUCAUGGAGUGAAGGCAGAUGUCAGAGAUAACACUGGAGCCACAGCAAGGACCUUGGCCAUGAAAUAUGGACACACAAAGAUUGUGGGGCUGAUAGAUCUGCAUGCAGCCCCAGUGCCCAAGGUCUUCUGCAGGGGUCCAGGGAAAUAUGAAGAGCUGAGUUCCUCAGAUGAAUCAUGUUCUGCUCCCCAGAGACAGAGACCUGUUCGUAGGACCAAAGGUCCCAGCAUCCACGAGGGGCCCCAGGCCUUGGCUAAGAUAACAGCAGUUGGAAUUGGGGGGAAGAAGCAGUCUUGCUAUGAGCAGGUCCCUCCUCAGGGCUACGUGACCUUCAAGGACGAUGGCAGCUGUGAGGCAGGUGACAUCCGGAACCGGGACGUCACCUCUCCAAUUAAUGAGCAGGAUGUGGAGAGCAGCAGCAGCAGGGAGGAUAACGUUUCCUUCACCAACAACUUCACAACUGUCAGGAGCAGCAGCAGCAGCAGUGAGUGUCUGACUAAGGCCCUGGGGGUCAGCAGUGAAGGCUCCUUGGAAAGCAACGAGGAUUCUGACCAUGCAAACAGCCCCCCUAGUCGGAAGCAGGCCAAGAGCUUUAAGCUGAAGACCCGCUCCAUCAGCAGUGAUGGCCAGUGGACCCACUGCCCAGCAAAAGCUGGGGGCUCCACUCAGCCCCUCAUCCUUCCUGAGCCCCCUGCCUAUACAGGGCCCCAGGACCUGGCAACAUUCCUGGAGCAGAUUGGGUGCCUGAAGUAUCUGCAAGUGUUUGAGGAGCAAGAUGUUGACCUGCGGAUCUUCCUGACCCUCACUGAGAGUGAUCUGAAAGAAAUAGGCAUCACCCUCUUUGGCCCCAAGAGGAAGAUGACCUCUGCCAUCGCCCGGUGGCACAGCAACGCGCGCCCGCCCAGCGACGCCCUGGAACUGGCCUAUGCCGACCGCCUGGAGGCUGAGAUGCAGGAGCUGGCCAUCCAGCUGCACAAGAGGUGUGAGGAGGUGGAGGUGAUGAAGGGCCAGGUGUGCCAGGAGCAGAAGCUGCGUGCAGUGGCCGAGACCUGUUUGAUGGAGAGGGAUGAGACCUGGAAUGCUAUCCAGUGCCAGCUCAGAGAGGCACAGGCCAUCACCAAGGAUGCUGGAGUCCUGCUGGAUCAGAUCAAGUCCUGUCAAGCAGAGCUGUCCUCCAGGCUGACCCAGGAGCAGGCAGGGGGCAGAGCCCUGGACGCAGAGGUGCAGUUGGGAUCUGGUGAGGGCAGGCGACCUGCCGAGCGUCCAGUGCUGGAAGGGUGGCCACCUUCCUUGAAGGCUCUGAGCUUGCCUGAGCUGUCAGCUGUCCUAGAGGAGUGUGUGGGAGAAAUGGGAAAAGCUCUGCAGACUGUGACUCAAAACCUCCAGAGGCUCCAAGCCCCAGGGCAGAGCUGGCUAGAGCCAUAACAAAGCAGGAGGGAACAUUGACGUCGGGUGACUGUUCCACCCGGAAGCUGAGUGUGCCUGGGAGAGUGAGCACCAGGGCUGUGCUGGCAGCACCACAGCUCUGCUGGGAGUGCCACAGCAGCUGGUGGAUGCAUGGAAGAAGGUCUCAGCCAUCAGAGAAUGUGUCUGAGGGAACGAGGGACAGCAGAAGAUGACAACCCAACAGCUCUUUGGGCCUGGCCGUUGUCUGGGUUCCCAGGAUCAUUGUUGUUCAUUCCAAAAGAUUAAGUUAAGAGGAGAAGCACUGAGCCCAAAAGGUUUACUUGCCUUAAGCUUCCUGCAGCCCUUGGCAUUCAGGCCUCUGUGGUGUUAGAAAGCUGACAGUUGCCCACAGCAAUCAUCCUUUUCCACAUCCUGUCUCCCCAAGGCCUCUAACUCUUGCCCUGGCCUCUCCUAUGCCACGUGGAUUGCUCAGGAGCUGACCCAGAAGAUGUAUCUGAGGCAAUAAAGGAAGGCAGGUUUGUUGUGGAUGGGUAAAGUGAGUAAA